AUGAUAUAUUUAUAUGAAACUCAAGUUUUAUUUACUCUAUGCAAGGGAAACACACAACAAGUGAAUCAAAUCUAUUCGGUAAAUAGUAGUGGGUAUUUAAAUAGUAUAAAUGGAAAAGAACAACAAUCACCUUCGGUUUCCUCUACUUCCUUGAAUAGUAGUGGAACCAACAAUAGUCCAUACCAACAACAACCAAAUCAACAACAAAUGGUGCCUACAUUUACACCUUCACCCAUUCUAUAUAUGACACCAAUGGCACCGAUUGACUAUGGUUAUCCUGAUGAUAUGCUCGACGAUGGACGAAGCGAUAAUCAACAUCCACCAUCACCUUCGAACCUCUCUUGUAUGAACAGUCCGGUAUUCAGUGACGAUGGUACAGUUCCUGAUGUUCUUAUUAGCGAUCUCGAAGUGAUUUACGGUACCUCCACAUUUCAGGGUACCAGAAGAUACAUGGAAGAUAGACACAAGAUUAAAACAGAAUUGGAUAACAAUCCCUCGAUUUCAUUGUUUGGCGUGUUCGAUGGGCAUGGUGGUGACAAAUGUGCCAACUUUGUCAAGAAACGAAUCACUCAGAUAACCAAUAAAUUUAUUAAAGAGAAUAAAACUUGUUACUCGAGUAAGAACACUGGCUCUGCAAAGUCGCCAGGCAUGUAUGAGAGUCCACACUGGAAGAAAUCAAGUAGUCUCAGUCGAAACGAACAACAAAACGAGACUCAAAAUCGUAGUGAUCUACUACAGACUGCGCUAUACAAUACAUUCAUGACACUCGAUAGUCGCUACAGUAAGAAGUAUCGAUCAAAGAACGAAUCUGGAACCACGAGUCUUGUUGCGCUGUUGUCUACCCCACCCAAUGCUCCACCUCUACUGGUAGUCGCCAAUGCCGGUGACUCUAGAGGUGUUCUCUGUAGAAGUGGCAAAGCAGUUGCCUUGUCAUUCGACCACAAACCAGGCAAUCCCAAAGAGAAACAACGUAUCACCACUUCUGGUGGCAAAAUAGAUUGGGAUUACAACGAAAGAAUAUGGAGAGUGGCCGGUAUUCUCAGUGUUUCCAGAGGAAUUGGUGAUAUUCCUUUGAAGAAAUGGGUCAUUCCCGAUCCAGAGUUUGUAGUCAUUCCACUCAAGGGUGUAACAAAGUGCUACAGUCGUAGCAAUCGUGGCGGAUCUCAAGGUUGCUCGCCCUCUAGAAUGUUCUCCUCACCACUAUCCUCUCGUAACUCUUCGCCAUUCCGUGGAAGUCCAAAGAGAACUCAAUCGUCGUUGCUAUUCGGCAAGAAUCGCACUUCCUCACCACAGGGAUUCGGUUUGAUGCCAACCGAUGAAGACACACCAAUGUCCAUCAAUAACUCUAUGAGCGACAGUCCACAAGAUUCACAAGUGGUUCCACCACCUCUUAUACUAAACAAUAUCAAAAUACACCAACAACCAGCGAGCAAACGUUACAGUCAACAAUUCAAUAGCAUCAGUAGUUUCAGCAACAGAUCGAGCUCACUGAGAAAAAUGAAUUACAAUCCACUCUCAUCGUCACUGGGUGCAGGCAAUGUCAAUCAAAUGACAACCCCAGCGCCACAAGAGAUUGAUCAAUACUUUGUUUUGGCAACCGAUGGUAUUUGGGAUGUGUUUAGCAAUCAAGAGUUGGUAGACUACAUCAACAAGCUGAUAGAGGAUUACUACGUAUCGAAACAAUUGGAUUGGGAUCCAUAUGACAUUGCCAAACGUGUUUCAAUGGAAGCAUUUACUCGUGGAAGUGGUGAUAAUAGUACUGUCAUCAUUGUCAAAUUAAAUUGGAAAUGA